CUCCUCUCUCUCUCCCCCCUCCCUUCUCCUCUCCUCUCUAUAAACUCCUUCUCUUUCUAAGAAUUCUCACUCUCCUAGGGUGUUUUUGGUUUUCUCUCACCCAGAUAUGCCUGUAAUGGUGGAUGGCAAUGAUUUCAUACAUUGGAUUGGACGUGACAUGUCAAUCAAAAUCCUGAUGUGUUUGGAGGACCCAUCUGAUCUUGUUCGGGUUAGCGCGGUUUCAAGGUUGUGGCGUCAAUUUGUGAUUGAAAAUGGCCUUUCUAAGCAGCUUUGUUUAAGAAUGUUACCUGAAAUGUCCAGUUUGGCUGGUGCUAUUGAAAUAAACAACAUGAUGGAAACUGAAGAAGUCCAGUCUAGCAAUAUGGAGCGGAAGAUUUUGGAGAAGAAUCAUAGAGUUUAUGCCUAUUUGGCUCAAGGACUUACCUCUUCCAUGAGAACUGCUUGCAUAGCACGAGCCAUUAGCGCAUCCAGCACUGAUAACUACCCUGAAGAAACCAUUGAUAAUACUUUGGAUCCAAGGGAUAGGAUUAGACACAGCGCUUCAUACUGGUCAAGUGAAGGAGAAAUGGAUCCUUCGAUUCCCGAGAGCUUGGUUUAUAAGUUGAUUGCCAAUUUGUGUGUUGUUACUGAAAUCCAUGUGCAACCAUUUCAAGCAUAUUUUCAGUUUGGUCACCCUAUAUAUUCAGCUAAGGCUGUGCGGUUUCGAAUGGGCCAUCAGAUGUAUCCAAUGGAGAGAGGUGGCGAUGCGGCAAAUGAUCCUGCUGCUGGUUUUGAUUCCCUUGAGGAUCAGUACAUAUGGACAUAUACUUCACCAGAGUUCCCAAUGGCUCAGGAAAACCGCUUGCAAAAGUUCAAGCUACCAGAACCUGCUCUUUGCAUUGGAGGAAUUCUGCAAAUUGAGCUGUUGGGUAGAGUUCAGAAACAAGAGAUGGAUGGUUUAUACUAUAUAUGUGUCUCCCAUGUUCAAGUUGUUGGUCGACCACUCUCAGAGGCAUUUGAUGUUGAAAUACAUGAUCCCUCAGGGAAGUUCACCUUGAAAUACUUUCAUAGAGGAUACCAGUGCCAGUCUCCUGUAGUAGCACCAGAAGGGUUGGGUGCCGACACGGCGUCAUGGAUGCAGAGUGAUGCUAGGAGUAUUGAGCAAAUAAUUGAAAGGUUUCUUGGUGCUGCAGCUGAAGACGAUUCAGACGACGACUACUUGCCUACUCUUUAGUCUGUACAGUGUUGAUGGACAUUAAUAGUCCUUUGUCAUUUCGCUACUUUUUGUAUAUAGACCAAAGUGGUGCUAGGAGUACUGAGCAAAUGAUAAUGGAAAGGUUUCUUGGUGCUGCAGCUGAAGACGAUUCAGAUGACUACUUGCCUACUCUUUAGUCUGUGCAAUGUUGAUCGACUUUAAUAUUCCUUUUGUCAUUUCCCUGCUUUUUGGAUAGACCAAGUCUCAUCUGGAACUGAGACUGUUCAUCUGUAAUCAAUUUGUUUACCGUAAAUCAGUGUUUUAAAACCCCGGCCAGUGACUGAUCAUAACAUGUAUGGCAAGAGUGUUGAAAAGCAGUUUCACUUUGGUCCAA